ACGAAGAAAUUUUUAUUUGUCAUUCAAAAAUUCUAAAUCCACUCGUCUCGGAGAAAAUUUUCUGGCUUAAUUUAUACAAUUUUUGUUUUCUUACCAUUCCAAAAUGUUAAAUAUCUUUGAGUAUCUGCACAUCUUCAGCAAAGAGAAAAAACUACCAUACAAUGGAAGAGGAGUCUUUAGGUAUGUAAAUAACAUUUUCAAAAGUGCAAUAUCGGCAACUAGUUGGUGUUUGUAUGUGAUAGCAGUUAUCUUGAUUAUAUCUUCUUUGUCUUAUUUAUAUUUCGAAAGAAAAAGAAGAAACACAAAUCAACUACGUUUGAGAGGAAUUCGACAAUUAAUAGAGAAACCACCACAAAAAAGACGACCUGGUGCUGUUGCUCGGGAACGUGAAGUUUUUCGAAAUGUCUUAAAAACUGCCCACACUUACAUCUAUCCUAAUAAUGAAGAGACCAAAAAGUGUGUAGUUCGUCAGACAAGAAGUGGAACGAUUUACGGGAAAUUUCUAGACACCAAAUUCAAGAAGGCUGAAAAUAAAUCUGAAUAAAAUUUGCAUUUGCACAGAAAUUAUUUUUUAACAAAAUUAAAGAAUUUUAUGACAACCUUAUCAAA